AUGAAAUACCUCUUCUAUCCACUUUGGGCCUUCGUGGUGGCAGCCUCUCCUGCACCAUGUCACACCAGAAGCGAGAAGCCGCCAGCGUUCAUCCUUGCCGGGGACUCAACCACGGCAGUCCAGGCAGCUAAUGGAGGCGGAUGGGGCAAUGGGUUCCUAUCAUUCCUGAGAGACGGUGCAUGGGGUGUCAACAAAGGGCACAAUGGAGCUACGACAGUGAGCUUCGUCAAAGGCGGUGACUGGGCAACUGUCAAAGGAUACGUGGACUCGAAGAAAGCAGAGGGCUAUGAGGUCUAUGUGACAAUACAGUUUGGGCACAACGACCAGAAACCUGCUGCGAAUAUCUCCUUGGAACAGUACAAGACAAACCUCGAGAACUUGGCGUUGGACAUCAAGUCCCGUGGCGGAACGCCUUUGCUGGUGACGCCCCUCACACGCCGUUCUUUCACCUCCGAGCAUAACGCUAGCGACUCCCUGCACAACGAGCGCCUCUACACUAUUGCUGCUGCCGAUGCUACCGCGACCACGUAUUUGGAUCUCAACAAGUACUCUCUGGAGUACGUGAAUGCGAUUGGCAAUACUUCAGCCCAGAAUUAUGACCUUAACGGGUAUGGGGCUGACAUGACACAUCUUAACAGCUACGGCAGCGUGGUUUUUGGGCGCCUGGUAGCUGAUCUUUUGCUGCAGAAAGAGAAGGGCCUGGAGAAAUACUUCACUCCAAACGAGACUUUGAGCUAUGAUCUGCAGCAUGGAAUAGCAGCAUAA